CACUUGUCAUCCAACUCCCUCGUGACAUUCCAAACACAAACCAACGUACACUCCACAAGCUAGCCACACUACCGAUCAGGAUCAGGAACCAAAGUUCUUUUUUGUCGACAUGGACGGCACCAUGACGAUCAGUGCCCGGAAGCCGCGGGUGAUGCUCUACUCGUCCCCGCUCAUUGGGCAUCUCGUCUCCAUGAUCGAGCUCGCCAAGCUCUUCGCUGCUCGCGGACUAUCCGUCACGGUCGUCCUCAUGGACCCGCCGUACGACACCGGCGCCACGGGCCCCUUCCUCGCCGGCGUCUCCGCGGCCAACCCCUCCAUCACUUUCCACCGUCUACCCAAGGUCAAGCUCCUCGACUCCGACCACUCCAUGAUGCCAGCCUUAGCGGUCGCCCGCCUCUCCAACCCGCACCUACACGACUUCCUCGCCGGCGCCUCCCCGGAGGUCCUCGUGUUGGACCUCUUCUGCAGCGCCGCCAUGGACGUGGCCAAGGAGCUCGGCAUACCCGCCUACUUCUUCAACACCUCCGGCGCCCAGAUCCUGGCUUUCUUUCUCCACCUCCGGGUUCUGCAUGGUAAAAGCACGAGGAGCUUCCGGGAAAUGGGCCAAGAACUCGUGCACGUCCCAGGGAUCACCUCCUUCCCGGCGACGCACUCCAUCCAGCCGCUCAUGGAUCGCGACGGCGCGACCUACAAUGCGUUACUAAACGUGAGCCUCAACCUGUUCCGAUCACAGGGCAUCAUCGUCAACACCUUCCGCUCGCUGGAGCCCCGCGCCAUGGACACCAUCCUCGCCGGGCUCUCCGCCCCAGCCGGCCUCUCGACGCCACCGGUCUACUGCAUCGGGCCACUGAUCAAGUCGGAGGAGGUGGGCGUGAAGCGCGGCCACGAGUGCCUCGCGUGGCUGGACGCACAGCCCAAGGCCAGCGUGGUGUUCCUGUGCUUUGGCAGUCUAGGCCGGUUCAGCGCCAGGCAGACAAUGGAGGUGGCCACUGGACUGGAGGCCAGUGGACAGAGGUUCCUCUGGGUCGUCCGUAGCCCGCCAGGCGGCGACGACACGACGACGACGACGACAGAGCCGGACCUGGAUAUGCUGCUUCCACAAGGCUUCCUCGACCGAACCAAGGGCAGGGGCCUCGUCGUGAAGUCAUGGGCACCACAGGGUGACGUGCUAGCACACCAUGCCGUGGGUUGCUUCGUGACGCACUGCGGGUGGAACUCUGUGCUCGAGUCUAUCAUGGUUGGCGUGCCAAUGGUGGCGUGGCCGUUAUACGCGGAGCAGAGGCUGAAUGCGGUGUUCCUCGAGAAGGAGAUGGAGCUGGCCGUCACAAUGAAAGGGUAUGACAAGGAGGUGGUGGAGGCCGAGGAGGUUGCCAAGAAGGUGAGGUGGAUGAUGGAUUCGGAAGGCGGGAGGGUGCUCCGGGAACGGACUCUAGCGGUGAUGCGGCGGGCGAAAGAGGCUCUGCUCGAGGGUGGAGAAUCUGAGGCGACGUUGGCGGGGCUUGUGGAUGCGUGGAUUCAUGCUUGAUGUGUGCAGCAUCAUUUAUAAUUAAUUCAUCGUGGAAAUAAGGAGUGAGCCUUAUGUCUUUAAGGUGUGAUUUUAGUUUCUUCAAUUCUGUAAUAUGCAAUAAUAGAGAAAUUUUUCAUACAUGCCACUCCAAGC